CUCUAUCAUCUGGAAUAAACAUUUAAAGUAAGGCACUUUACACUUCAGUGUUAAUAAUGAUUCGUCUUUUGGUUUUUGUGAUUGCUUUGACGUUAAUGACUGGUGGUGCUUUUGGCGCUAUCGAUCAGUUGAUACGAGCCAUUACCGGCGGAUUCGGGGGAGGUGCCAGAGUGGAUUUGCCCAUCAACAGAAGGUACACUGUUGGUGCACCUAACGGCGAGAUUUCAUUUGGGUAUGGCUAUCGUCCUGUAUUCUAUUGAUUUUAUCCUUUCUUUUUGUUUUGCGAUGUGGACGGGUAGUUUCAUGUAAAAUGCAAAUGUUUAUGAAUACUUAAUUAUGACAAUGCAAAAUUAAUAAAAUUAUAAAUGAUUCAACGAUA